AUGGUAACAACAGCAGAUGACAUCCAAACAACUCCCACCGUAACGACAGUAACGGCUACAAUGAGGCCCAAGCUCAUCGCAAGGCCGUUCGACGUCGACAAACCCGCGCUAUGGUUCGCGCAGCUGGAGACACAGUUCGCUGACCUGGGAUACGUCACCGAGUCAGAUAAAUACAACAAAAUGGUACCGCUGAUCGACACUGCUUACGCGGCAGAAGUCGAACAUUUAAUUGUCUCCAGACCUGUAACAAAUCCAUGCCAAACAUUAAAAAACGAACUAAUCAGAUGUUUCACAAAAUCCAGGACUGCGAACAUCAUCCAAUUACUCGACAGGGAGAGCAGCAUUGACGACGAGGUCCUGAAAACGCGCUGGUUGUCUCAUCUCCCCGAGCAGACGCGAGCUACACUCGCCACCCAGGAGAACGCUUCCAUUGAUGAUCUCGCGAAGCUAGCAGACAGGGUGCACGAGGUAUUCAACCCGAACAGCGUCGCAGCAAUCACCAGCUCGCCAGCCAACGCAGUCAACACGGCGCUCUUCAAGCGAAUUGAGCAGCUGACAGCGGCCGUUGCCGCCGUGCAAACGCGCGGCCCACGGUCUCGUUCACGAACACGUCGAGACGGCUCACAGAGUGAGCGCAGCCACUUGCGCCGACGCUCCAGCUCGAGGAAAAUAUCAAAGAAUUUUGACACUUGCUGGUAUCACUACAAGCAUGGGAAACGCCAGAGAGAGACAAUAAUGGCGGAAGUCGUCUCUCAAUUACAAUCCCGCCGCCUAUUUAUCACCGACAGGACGACUGGGACCCAAUACCUAGUGGACACAGGCUCAGACGUCUCUGUCACGCCUUGCAGGCGGCCACCAAGCAAAAGGGAGACCAGUGGCUAUAAACUCUUCGCGGCCAAUGGCACCCUCAUCGACACGUACGGCUACGUGUCCAUCUCGCCAGAUCUCGGUCUCAGUAGAGACUUCACAUGGCGAUUCAUCGAAGCAGACGUCAGUAAACCCAUCAUCGGUGCUGACUUCCUGCAUCACUUCAGUCUGCUACCGGCCUUGAGAAACGGAGCAAUCAUCGACAGCGCGACAGGCCUCCAAUCCCAUGGCCAGUCCGCGCGAUUCCGCGCGACGUCUGUCAAGCUCCUCGAGAUCAACGAGGAUUCACCGUACGCACCGAUCCUCAAAGAGUUCCCAGCAAUAACAAAACCGGGAGGAUUGCUCAGAAAAGCGGAGCACUCCACCGCUCAUCACAUAAGGACAACACCAGGACCACCAAUCUCCUGCAGAGCUCGCCGCCUAGCGCCGGAUAAACUCAAAACCGCUCAAGCGGAGUUCUCCAGCAUGCUGAUGCUCGGAACCGCGAGGAGAUCUGAAAGUCCCUGGGCAUCCGCGCUCCACCUAGCUCCUAAGGGCAACAACGGAUGGAGGCCAUGCGGUGAGUACCGCGCACUCAACGACAGGACAAUACCAGAUAAGUAUCUUAUUCGUUAUCUAGAAGAUUUUACUGCCAACCUUCAUGGUAAAACAAUCUUUUCCACCAUAGAUUUGGUUAAAGCCUUCAACCAAAUUCCAGUGGCACGCGAAGACAUCCAGAAAAUGGCAAUAAUCACGCCAUUUGGAUUCUUCGAAUUUCCAUACAUAACAUUUGGCCUCAGAAACGCAGCUCAGACAUUCCAACGUCUGAUCGACGAGGGGACACGCGAUCUACCAUUUUUGUUCCCGUACAUAGACGACAUCUUGGUAGCAUCGGAAAACGCGGAGCAACAUCGCGAGCACCUGAGGAUCCUCUUGCAAUGA